CGCCGCCGCGAGCGCAGUGCCACGUUCGCGUCAAACGCAAAGUGACGUUUCAAUUUGACAGCUCCGGCUGUCUGUCACGCGCCCGGCGUCUACACGACGAAAAAAAAAAGAAAACAAGUGUCGUCCGUCGUGUCGAGCGGCAAAGGAUCCAUGCUAAUGAGCCCCCGUAUCGAUUAAUAUUAAUGACAUUCGAAACUCGCGUCAAACAGUCGACCGCGUCUCGAAUUCGAAUCGGUCGCGGACAUUAGUGGAGGCAUUUAAAUCGCGCGCCACACGGAACCGGGGACCCGCAUUGUGUUCUUCGUCCCAACGAUGAACAAACACCGUCACGGCUGAUAGAGACGCGUCGCGGGUGGCUCGCUGCGUGACAAGUGGAACACGAGAAUGGCCUUCGAGGACCGCUGCAGCCCUAGCCAGGCUAACAGUCCGGGACCGGUGACGGGGCGAGUCCCGGCGCCGCACGCCGAGACCCUUGCAUACAGCCCGCAGAGCCAGUACACUUGCACCACAAUAGAAUCGAAGUACGAACGAGGCUCUCCGAACAUGACAAUUGUGAAGGUGCAGCCGGACUCCCCGCCUCCCAGCCCGGGACGCGGUCAGAACGAGAUGGAAUACCAGGACUACUACCGCCCUGAAACGCCCGACGUAAAGCCUCAUUUCAGCCGGGAGGAGCAGAGGUUUGAACUGGACAGAUCGAGGGGGCAGCGGCUGCAACCCACCAUGCCGGUCGCCUUCUCCAUAAACAACAUCCUGCACCCUGAGUUCGGCUUGAACGCCAUCAGGAAAACGAACAAAAUCGAAGGUCCCAAGCCCAUCGGACCAAAUCACAGUAUCCUGUACAAGCCUUACGAUUUAUCCAAACCGGACUUAUCGAAAUACGGCUUUGAUUAUUUGAAGAGUAAGGAAACGAGUGAUUGCAACGCUUUGCCGCCUUUAGGAGGGUUGAGGGAGACGGUAUCGCAGAUCGGCGAACGCUUGUCCAGAGACAGGGAGCCUCCGAAGAGUCUGGAGCAGCAGAAGAGGCCCGACUCCGCGAGUUCCAUCGUCUCGUCGACGUCGAGCGGCGCGGUUUCCACCUGCGGAAGCUCGGACGCGAGCUCCAUCCAGUCCCAGAGCAACCCUGGCCAGCUGUGGCCAGCCUGGGUAUACUGCACCAGAUACAGCGACCGACCUAGUUCCGGUCCCAGAAGCAGAAGGGUUAAAAAGAAAGCAGCGCCUGAAGAGAAGAGACCACGGACCGCUUUCAGCGGGGCACAACUCGCGAGAUUGAAGCAUGAGUUCGCCGAGAACCGGUAUCUGACUGAGCGGCGGCGGCAGAGCCUCGCGGCGGAGCUGGGCCUCGCCGAGGCGCAGAUCAAGAUCUGGUUCCAGAACAAACGGGCCAAGAUAAAGAAGGCGUCGGGCCAGAGGAACCCGCUGGCGCUGCAGCUCAUGGCCCAGGGUCUCUACAACCACAGCACCGUCACGGAGAGCGACGAGGAAGAGGAGAUCAAUGUUACGUAAAGGCGAUGGUGCGAUUGUUUUGGUGACGUCACGAUAACGGUUUUCGUGAAAUUUCAAAUUUGGAACUUUCUCGUCUCUAUUGUGUUUACUUUCUCGAAUUUCAAACGAAGGAAUACGUUAGGACGCGUUACCUAACCGGUACACACGGGGACCGUAAUGCGAGGGAAUUGGAUAUGUUUUUCGGUGGCAAAUUUUUGGCGGAUAUGUCAUAGAGGUUUUGCCUGAAUUACGUAAGUUUGUUUUCGGGUUUAGCUACUUCCAAAUGUUGCCAUAUGAAAAUACAUAAUUUUACGGUAAAUUUCAGACAAGACCGCAAUGUUUAAUAUUAUUAUUACUUAUGUAACGUAGCCGCAUUGAGUCUUACUGAUUAAUUAAAAAAACAAUAGAUUAUAAAUAAAUAAAUAAAACAAAAAUGUUCCUAAUAAUGUAAAUAUAUUUAUUUGUAUUUAAAUAAUGGCAAUAGUCAAGUAAUUGUUAAAAAAAAACAUAUAUUAUAGUAUUAGCAGUUUAUAGAUGUUAUAGUAAUUUUAGGAAUACGGUAUUAACACUUGUUGUAUUGGCAAAAAAAUACGGACUCAUUUUGUUUUGACACAAGUCAAAAUUGACAGCUGUCAGUUGUGACAUUUAAACCGGAGCCCACACUAAUUACAAACUGGACAAAGUCAUCGAUAUAAAAUCGAAUCGUUUGGAAUCACUCAAGUCUAUGGAGUAGUUUCCGUGCUGUCCCACGGAGACCUCAAAAGAAUUGUUCAAGAUGGUCUCUUCUUUUUCUGUAAUCGUCACCUCAUCUUCCACCAGAUCAGACUUCUUUGUACUGCUGACUACAUCCAAAAAUAGUUUUUUUUAAAUACGACUCUGACGUAUAAAGUCCGGUCCACGGCAUUUUCUUUGGUGCUACCACCAGACCUUCGUCAAAUGAGAAGAGUCUUCAGCAGUUGACAAUGCUUCAUCAUAUUCCUCUCAGUUUCCUCGGUAAAAGUACCCGAAAAUACAAUCAAAUAUCUAAGGGUAGCGAAACGAAUGAAUAGUAACGAAAAGCUUAAAAAUUAUAACAAAAAUACAUUAAAUGAAGUAAACAAAUAAUGUUAUUGGAAAUAAAAAAAAAAAGCAUCUUUGAUAUUAUAUUUGAGCAUAUUUAUAAUAGUGUAUUGGUCAUAAGUUUACGCAUUUUCGUUUACAUUUCAUAAUUUAUUUAAUAUUUCUUUUGGAAUCUUACGAAAAAAACUACUGAACUGAUUUUAAUUAAUUGAAUCAUUGAGCUCGAAGGUUCAUACUGUCGUUGUAACGAAGAAAAAUAAUGUUGGUGAAUUACUGGAAUAAAACGUUAUUAUAAUUAAUAAGGAUAUUUUUAAUUAAAUGAUGCGAUAUCAUAACCAAACAGAUAAACUAUUAGUUUAGCUCCUAAAAUAAUGUUAGUAAAAGUAGCAAUGAAUGUGUUAGAAAGCGUCGUGCUCUAACCGGUAAAACGUAACGUUUUAAAUCGAUUUAAACUAAAUGAAAAUAAAUAUAGUUUUAUAACGAAAAAGCACGUUUUGAUUACUGCCGAACUAAUCUGUUUUUUUAGUCUGACGAUCUUGAUUAGGAAAUUGUCGAAGCAACAACAAAAAAACAUUGCAAUUAUUCCUCGAUCCAUGUGCUAAUUUUUAAGUUAAUCGGACGUUUUUUUUUUGUGAAAUCAAAUACUAUAUAGACUGAUAGAGUUCGUGCUAAUGAAAGCAUGCUAAAAACGCGUUUUUGCGAUAAUGUUCAAAGCGAAGGGACUUUAUGACAUAUCGUCGUUGUCAAACCAAAAUCUGCUAUGUGCACUUUUUGACCUUUUCGUAUAGUUCACAACCCUAUCUACCGUAUAAAAA